GUCAGCGACGAGGCGAAGGCAAAACUCUGUGAGUUCUGGAAGGACAAGUUAUACUUGAUUUUGGACGAAUAUUCUAUGCUGGGGAAGAGAUUUCUUGCGGCACUUUCCCGGAACAUCAGUAUCGGCAAGCAGAAACCUGGCGAAUGGAAUGCAGACGAAUCUUUCGGCGGCAUAAGCGUCAUCUUGGCUGGUGAUCAUCACCAGUUCCCUCCGGUGGCGGCGGACAGCGAUGCUCUCUACUUUCCAACACGCCCAGGUCGAGACAAACUCGAGAGUUUGGUAGGCCGAACUAUAUUCGAAGAGUUCCGAGAGGUCGUCAUUCUCAAAGAGCAGAUGCGUAUAACGGACCCAGUGUGGCGUACCUUCUUACAAAACCUUCGUCACGGUCGGGUCGCACAGGAAGAUCUCUUCAUGCUUCGGAACCUCAUUAUCUCAAAUCCAUCCUGCCCUCCUACCGACUUCACCGCUGAGCCAUGGAGCAAGGCUCCAUUAGUUACACCUCGGCACUCUGCGCGGCGACAGUGGAACGAAGAAGCGGUCAAGAAACACUGUCAAGAAACCAAAGUCAGACGGUUCAUCUGCCCCGCAGAAGACUCAGUCAAGGAGAGAUCAUACCGCCCGGUGAAUCUCGCAGAGAGGCAUGCAAUCAUCGAACGAUCACUCAGAGCACGGAAGCGGAAGGCGCGAAGCAAAGACCUUCCCGACAUGGUUGACCUCGCCGUAGGCAUGAAGGUCCUCGUGACGACCAAUCUCGCCACAGAUCUCGACUUAGCGAAUGGAGCCAAGGGUGAAAUCGUCAGCAUUGUGCUUCAUCCGAGCGAGCCACCAAUCGGAGACGCACCAGUCGUUCAUCUGAAGAACAUGCCAACGUGUCUCUUGGUGAAAAUGGAGCGCACGCGCGCC